CUCCCUUUCGGCUUCAGUUGCUACAAGAAGAUGGCGACCCCCAACGGUUGGCUGGGGGCUCGGCACGAUUGCGUCGGGGAGGGCGGCGACCUGGUCUCGGUCGCCUCAUCGGGCGAGGAAGCCUUUGUGAAGAAGCAAAUGGGCAACGACGACCCCUUCUGGAUCGGACUCUCCAAUCUGGUGAGACGGAAGCGCAAGCAGUUGAUUCUCUACCGGUACGCGAUUGACAAGCGGGAUUGGUCUGUGCAGAAAUGCGAAGAGGCUUGGUGUCGGUAUGACAAGAAGCAAAAGAAGCUGACUUGGUCCGAUGUCCGCGUGACGGGAAACUACUCCAACUGGGACUCCCGUCAGGUUGGAAGCUCCGACGUGGAUUCCUGCGCGUACGUCAACCAAGGUGUGUGGACUCAGCCAGGAAAGUGGCGACACGGCUCGUGCAGAUCCUCAUUGCCGUUUAUGUGCGAGCGCCCGCUGGACGGUAAGCCUGCUCAGGAGUUGUCAUGUUGAUGUCGAAAGUGACAUUU